CGAGUCCCCGCAGCGCGGGGCAAGCGAGGGACUCGAACGGUCUGGAGUGCACCAGCCGUGGGCGGCUGACUGGUUACGACGCCUCUUAGGCCUAGAGUGUCCCGAGUAGCUGCGGGGGGAGUGUUCAGAGUACGCUACUGAUCUGUUUUUUGUAAAGAGCGUAUUGCUGGGCUUACAUCCGUUAAUUUUGUUGGACUGUUAUUUUAAUAGGUCCUGGCUCCAUAAGGAUAAAACACAUCUGAAGUGCAAACAGAAGUCUGAGGAACCGCUGUCUAUCAUGGAAGGAGACCUCCUGACCUAAGACCUGCCUUAGAGGCUAGAGAGUCCUGGAAGAGAGUGAACCCUGGAGUCACUAGAGCCUGUCUUGACCUUUCUGCCCUGACCAAGCAAGGUCUGAAUGACAUCUCAGCCUUCAGUGAUCAGCAAUAGCUGUGUAACAAUGGAGCGUUUGACUGACAUGAUGGAAAGGAAAGGUUAAAGUGAUUGUCGGGUUCAAGUGACUCUCCUGCCUCUGCCUCCCGAGUAGCUGGGACUACAGGCACGCACCACCAUCCCCAGCUUGGUGUUCUCAGGAGUUUGCUCUUUCCGAGGAAGAAGAGGAUACGACCAGGUCUCUUGAAACAGUGACAUUUAAGGAUGUGGCUGUUGACCUUACCCAGGAGGAAUGGGAGCAAAUGAAACCUGCUCAAAGGAACUUGUAUCGGGAUGUGAUGCUGGAGAACUACAGCAAUCUAGUCACAGUGGGCUGUCAAGUCACCAAACCGGAUGUGAUAUUCAAGUUGGAGCAAGAAGAGGAGCCCUGGGUGAUGGAGGAAGAAAUGUUUGGGAGGCACUGUCCAGAAGUUUGGGAAGUCGAUGAACAGAUCAAGAAGCAACAGGAAACACUUGUGAGGAAAGUCACAUCCAUCUCCAAGAAAAUUCUGAUUAAGGAAAAAGCCAUUGAAUGUAAAAAAGUUGCAAAAAUAUUUCCUCUGAGUUCAAGCAUUGUUACUUCAAGACAAAGCUUCUGUGAAUGUGAUUCAUUUGAUAAGGGUUUGGAACAUAAUUUAGACUUACUCAGAUAUGAGAAAGGCUGUGUAAGAGAGAAACAGUAUGGAUGUAAUGAGUUUGGGAAACCAUUUUAUCAUUAUACAUCCUAUGUUGUAACCUCCUUUAAGUGUAAUCAGUGUGGACAAGACUUUAGUCAUAAAUUUGAUCUCAUUAGACAUGAGCGAAUUCAUGUUGGAGAGAAACCUUACAAAUGUAAAGAAUGUGGAAAAGCCUUCAGUAGGAAGGAAAAUCUUAUUACACAUCAGAAAAUUCAUACUGGGGAAAAACCAUACAAGUGUAAUGAAUGUGGAAAAGCUUUCAUUCAGAUGUCAAACCUUAUUAGACACCAGAGAAUUCAUACUGGGGAGAAACCGUAUGCAUGUAAGGAUUGUUGGAAAGCCUUCAGUCAGAAAUCAAAUCUCAUUGAACAUGAGCGAAUUCACACUGGAGAGAAACCCUAUGAAUGUAAGGAAUGUGGGAAAUGCUUCAGCCAGAAGCAAAAUCUUAUUGAGCAUGAGAAAAUUCAUACUGGGGAGAAACCUUAUGCAUGUAAUGAAUGUGGUAGAGCUUUUUCUCGAAUGUCAUCUGUUACGCUACAUAUGAGAAGUCACACAGGGGAGAAACCUUAUAAAUGUAAUAAAUGUGGAAAAGCUUUCUCUCAAUGCUCAGUAUUUAUUAUACAUAUGAGAAGUCACACUGGUGAGAAACCCUAUGUAUGUAGUGAAUGUGGGAAAGCCUUCUCUCAAAGUUCAUCCCUUACCGUACAUAUGCGAAAUCAUACAGCUGAGAAACCCUAUGAAUGUAAGGAAUGUGGAAAAGCCUUCAGCAGGAAAGAAAAUCUCAUUACACAUCAGAAAAUUCAUACUGGAGAGAAACCUUAUGAAUGCAGUGAAUGUGGGAAAGCUUUUAUUCAGAUGUCAAACCUCAUUCGACACCAGAGAAUUCAUACGGGUGAGAAACCCUAUGCAUGUACAGUAUGUGGAAAAGCCUUUAGUCAGAAAUCAAACCUCACUGAACAUGAGAAAAUUCAUACUGGAGAGAAACCUUAUCAUUGUAAUCAGUGUGGGAAAGCUUUCAGUCAGAGACAAAAUCUUCUAGAGCAUGAAAAAAUUCAUACUGGAGAGAAACCAUUCAAAUGUAAUGAAUGUAGUAAAGCCUUCUCUCGAAUCUCAUCCCUCACUCUUCAUGUGAGAAGUCAUACAGGGGAGAAACCCUAUGAAUGCAAUAAAUGUGGGAAAGCCUUUUCUCAGUGCUCAUUACUUAUUAUCCAUAUGAGAAGUCAUACUGGUGAGAAACCCUUUGAAUGUAAUGAAUGUGGGAAAGCCUUCUCUCAAAGAGCAUCCCUUUCUAUGCAUAAGAGAGGUCAUACAGGUGAGAAACGCCACAUGUAUUAAAUGAAAGAAGGUCUCUUAAAUCCAACCCAUGUUUUACUUAAAAUAUCUUAGUAUAAGCUCAAAAAAAAAAUUUGUGGAAAAAUUGUAAUAUUUUGUUAAAAGAUGUAAGACUGGAAUAAAUGGAAAUACUCCAUUUAUGCAUAGAUGGAAAAACCCCAAAUUAUAAAAACCUCAAUUCUAAAAAUCUGUAGACUGAAUGCAGUUCCAAACAAAAUCUACUCAGAAUUUUCUAGGAUCUUUCCAAAAUGACUAUAAAUUCAUGUAAAAUAGAACUGUAUGGAUUGCUGAGACAAUUUUGAAGAAGAACAGAGGAAACACCCUCGCUGUAUGAUAUAAAGUUACAGUCAUUUAAAAAUGUGUGCUAUUAGUACAUUAAUAGGUAAAUAAGCAGUUUUUAAAGAAUAGGCUACCCAGAAGCAGACUGAUGAAUAUAUGUGAACUUGGUGUAUGUUAGACUUGUCAUCAUGAAUUAGUAGGGAAGUGAUGACCUCAUCAAUAAAAUUGUUGGGAAUAUUUGACUCUUCAUAUUGAAAAAUUAAAAUUACAUAUAACCUUAUGACAUAUUAAAAAAUCAAUAUUCUUUUUUUUUUUCUUUUAGGCAGUCUCACUUUGUAGCCCAGGCUGGAGUACAGUGUCAUGAUCUCAGCUAACUGCAGCCUCUGCCUCCUGGGUUUGAGCGAUUCUUAUGCCUCAGCCUCCCCAGCAGCUGGGACUAUAGACUCGCACCACACACUGGGCUAAUUUGUUGUUGUUGUUGUAUUUUUAGUAGAGACAGGGUUUUAUCAUGUUGGCCAGGCUGGUAUCAAACUCCUGACCUCAAGUGAUCUGCCCUUUUUGACCUCCCAAAGUGCUGGGUUUACAGGCUUGAGCCACUGUGCCCAGCCAAAAAAAUCAAUAUUCUAAAGGACUUAAAUACUGGAAUUUGAAAAGCCAAACUGUGAAACCAUUGGGAGAAAGUAGACGAUACUACCUAUGACAUUGAGGGAGCACGUUUUUUUUUAAAGACAAAAGGACUGUGCAAUUCCAAUUCUAGUUAUACAUCCUAUAGAAAGUCACAAAUAAUGCAUAAGAAAUAUAUAUAAAAUAUAUGUAUGUAUGUAUAGCCAGUGCAGCGGCACAUGCCUAUAAUCCCAGCUACGUGGGAGGCUGAUAGAGGAAGAUAACUUGAGCCCAGGAGUUUACGGCCAGCUGGGAAACAGUAAGACCCCAUCUCUUUAGAAAAAAAAUAUAUAAAUACAUAUCUGUAAUGAAAACCUAAAUAUUAAUCAGUGGGGUAACCGAUGAAUAAAAUAUGGUAUGUUCAAAUGGUAGAACAGCAUACAGCACUUAAAAGCAGUGAACCAGAUCCGUAUUUGUAACAUUGAUAAUUAAAACAAUGUUGAGUGAAAAAAAUACAAAUGAAACACACUGUGUAAUAAUAUGUAAAUUGAAAUGAAAUCAUUUAUAAAGUGACUGUUUCUAUUAUUGAAAAGUGUAUUUAAAACUAUUUAAAAUAGAAUAGAAGAAUACAUACCAAAUUAUUGACAGCAUUGUCUCUGGAGAUUGAAUUUGGGGAUGUUGAUUAAAAGGAGCCUUUAGCUUUGCUUGUAAUUUUUAUGCCUUAAAAAAGACUGGUAGCAUAUAAAAUAAAUAUUAAAAGCUAAUGAUACACAAUGAUUAUAUGAAUGUUUGGUUGUAAUAAUGUUUUCCUAGUUGUUUUCUAGAACAGGCCAGGGGAAGACUGUGCUCAUAGAAAGAAAUGUUAAUAAAUGAAUUCAUAUGCCUUAUCAGAUGCUCAACUAUUUUAUGAAAAAUAUCUCUAGAAAAUUAAUAAUUAGAAUACUCCUGUUUAUUAUAUAAUAAGAAGUUAGCACAUUUUAUCAACUCUAUGAUGCUGUUUUUUUAUAUUUUAACAUUUCUGAAAUUGGACCCCUUUCAACUGAUAUUUUAGAUUCAAGUAAAUUAUUAAAAAUUUGAAAAUCAGAUGGCA